ACGACCAGUAAGACCAUAGACUACUCUGGCCGCAAAGCCAAAACGCACGAAGCCGGCACGUUGCUAAUUGCUAAUGUAGCGCUCCCGUCUUCCGGUUCCUUUUUAGUUUCUCUUCUUCUCGGCGUGAUCAGGGGUCCGUCCUACAUCGCUCAAAAAUGACGUCGAAGGUGUCCAGGGAUACAUUCUACGAGUGCGUCAAUGCAGUCCUGCAGCACUCCACUGAAAAGAAGAGGAACUUCCUCGAGACCGUGGAACUCCAAAUCGGUCUGAAGAACUACGAUCCCUCAAAGGACAAGCGUUUCUCUGGCACAGUCAAGCUAAAGCACAUUCCCAGGCCUAAGAUGCAGGUCUGCAUUCUUGGAGACCAGCAGCAUUGUGAUGAAGCUAAGGCCAACAAUGUUCCUUUCAUGGAUGUUGAAGCUCUGAAGAAGCUGAACAAGAACAAGAAACUUGUGAAGAAGCUUGCCAAGCAGUAUGAUGCUUUCCUUGCCUCUGAGGCUUUGAUCAAGCAGAUCCCCCGUCUCUUGGGUCCUGGUCUUAACAAGGCUGGUAAAUUCCCUGGUCUUCUUUCUCACCAAGAAUCUAUGAUGGCCAAGAUCGAUGAAGUCAAGGCUACCAUCAAGUUCCAGAUGAAGAAGGUCUUGUGCUUGUCUGUUGCGGUUGGUCACGUCACCAUGACCCCUGAUGAGCUGGUCCAGAAUGUCCAUCUGUCAAUCAACUUCCUCGUAUCUCUCCUGAAGAAGCAUUGGCAGAACGUCAGAUCCCUGCACGUCAAGUCUUCAAUGGGACCACCCCAGCGACUGUAUUAAAUUGGUGCUGCAUUAAAUGUUACCUAUUCUAAA